AUGAGAUCUUCUAUAUUCGAGGGAGACACAUCUAAGAAGCCCAAUAGAGAUCCUUUUAAGAAGGCUAGAUCAUCAAGUCCAUUUAUAGGCACGUUAAAUAGUCCCAGAAGAUCAGCUUGGCAACUAGACGAUUUAAUCCAAUCAUACGAGAACUCAGGACUACUUCCUCCCAUUCUAUCUCCUACGAUCCCAGAAAAGGAUGAGCUAGAGGUCAAACCUGGAGCCCAAAAGGCUCUGGUAUUAGCGAACAAGAACGAGGAUGAAGAUAAUAUACCAUUAUCGGAACUCGCUAACUCACAGAGAGGAGAAAAAAGAGAGUCAGAGAUUAAGAUUCACCAACCAGUCCCUAAACGUGCAUCAGUUCCCAGUCAGAAUUCUUCCAACAAGAAUACUUCAAAACCUCAAAAUAUGACGUUGGAGAAGCCCUCAGGCGAUGGUGGACACCACAGCUCGAAAGUUCACUUAGAUGAUAGACACUUCAAAGAACAAGUCCCACUGCCUUUAAAAGGACUAGGUAUUAACCUAGACAAAGCAAGCAAGCUGAAAUAUGACAUAGAAAGGUCUCCUGCUGUGGUUCUGAAAGCAAAAAACGAGGACUCGUCAACUAGUUCAACCCUUGCACCUAAUUCAGUAGAUAAGAAAACCGUAUCCAAAAGACAAACAAUGUUAAAGUUAGCUAACAGUGCUAAGAAGAUGUCGACUCAAAUGGAGAAUAGCAUUACCUCACUCAUAAUAGGUAUUGACUCUUUACUUUUAUACUUUAUGUCUUACGACUAUGAUGAUAGGUUGAAGAGUAAUCAAAGCGUCCCACCUUCAUCAAAGAUAUGGAAAGAUUUAAAUAAAGAUAUUCUGACCUUGAUCGAAUGCAUUAAUGACUUGAUGACUUUUGAAGAACGCAAAUAUAGUUUGGAUUUUCUUAAAAUUAUGCGAUGCCUUUUGUUUCAAACAAGAGCUGUAUUUAUCAAGAAAAUCAAUACCAUAUUAUUCAAACUGAUACAAAGCAAAAUAGAGAAAAGCUCAAUAGAAAAACAAGAUGACUUAAUCCAGCUUCAAAAGCAAGUUAUUAGUAAUGAAGAGUUGGUUAUUGAAUCCUUCAGGAAAUCAAAGCCUCACUUUUUAGAGUCCACAUUCAGCACGAAAUUUCCUCAGACGUGGCAAAACAGAACAAUUCGCUUGCCCGCAGAGGAGCAAAAGUAUUACUUGCCAUUAGGAGUAUACUCUAGUUUACACGAAGUGAUGAGACUUGAGGUUGCGAUUAUCGAUGAAUUUACUAAAAAUUUUAAUGUCAAGAACCCUCAAAGUGAGAUUCAAUAUAUGCUAAAGAGUGGAUCCUUCUAA